AUGAUUUCGGAUCCAGAAGCAGAGGCUAUGUUUGAUGACUUCCUCAAGGCGGAAUCCUGCAGGGAGAUCAUCGAAACGUUCACCAAAUUUCAUGAGCAUGUCUUUGGCGACUUGGAACAGGCACAGUCGUACCUUCACCCCUACCAUGCCUUCAAACAGUGCGUCCGCUCCACGAAAGCCCGGGAGCUGUGGGCCAAACUAGACGCUCGGGCCAGUCACAUUGAUUAUGAAGGAGGAGAGGCAUGUAAAAAUACUAAAAUUUUGGUCAUCGGUGCUGGGCCGUGCGGGCUGAGGUUUGCGAUAGAGGCGGCUCUAUUAGGCGGCACAGUGGUUGUCUUAGAGAAGAGGUCUGUGUUCUCCCGUAACAACGUUCUUCAUCUAUGGCCAUAUCUCAUAACAGAUCUCAAAAACAUUGGAGCCAAGAUCUUCGACCCCAAAUUCUGCGUUGGUGGCAUCGACCACAUAAGUAUUCGUAGGUUACAGCUAAUCCUGAUGAAGACAGCACUCUUACUUGGAGUACAGAUUUACACCGAUACGUCCUUCGAGGGAUUGGUGGAACCAUCUGGUCAACUGGAGGCCGGUUGGAAAGCUUCGGUUAUACCUGAGGACAGCCCAGUCUCACAAUACCAGUUUGAUGUCUUAAUUGGGGCAGAUGGGAAGAGAAAUACCUUAGCAGGUUUCAGAAGAAAGGAGUUUCGAGGGAGGCUGGCUAUCGCCAUUACCUUCAAUUUCGUCAACCAUCGCACAACAGCUGAGGCCUUGGUACCGGAAGUAGGGGGUCUGGCAUCGUAUGCUCGUAUUGCAACUUUCAAAGAAAUGAAGAAUAUAACUGGAAUAGAUCUGGAAAACUUUGUCUAUUACAAAAAUGAAACCCAUUACUUUGUGAUGACAGCCAGGAAGGCGAGUUUACUUAGUAGAGGCGUUCUUAAAAAUAAUUAUACUGAAAGCGAGGAACUGCUUAACGCGGACAACGUUGACGAAGAGAAACUGUUGGAAUAUGCCAAGGAAGCUGCUAGCUACAUGACCAGUUUACAAACCAUGGAAUAUGAACGGAACCAGAACGGAAAACCAGACAUUGCCAUGUUUGACUUCACGUCCAUGUUUACUGCAAGUAGUGCUUCGUGCGUUCGAGAACGGAUGGGGAAAAGCUUACUGAUGGGUCUGGUCGGCGAUAGUCUACUUGAGCCCUUUUGGCCGACUGGAACAGGGUGUGCCCGGGGUUUUCUAUCGGCAUUUGACGCGGCGUGGAUGAUAAAGCGCUAUAAAUCAAGGGAGAUAACAACUUUGGACGUCAUCGCGGAAAGAGAGAGCUUGUUCCAGAUCCUACCCCAGUCUUCUAUGUUUAGCCUUCACAAGAACUUCAACACGUACAGCAUUGACCCAAGCUCAAGGUAGCGUAUACGUAUGGGGUGCCAAAUUAUAAACAUUUAAUCGAGAAUUAAUGGUAUCCAUAAAAGAAUUAUUGAUAUCAAUAAAGGAAUAAUCGAUAUUGAUAAAUAGUGUUCCCGGUUGGUUUCCAUUGAAAUGAUAGAGCUCUCUCUAUGUUGCUACGAAACUUUCUUUACCUCUGUCCUUACCAGUGCCGAAGUUCCAGGGUUAACCAUCGAGGAGGCAGAAGAAUCAAAUUCGAUAUCAAUAAUUUAUUUAUCCAUACUGAUAAUUCAUUUAUAGGAAAUUGAAAAUUAAUUUAUCGACAGCAACAAAAGAUAUCGAUAAUAAUUUCACCAGAAAUCGGCACAUGGAACAGCCUGAUUUACACCACACGUAAAAGAUCACAGCCUAUUGCAAGAUACUAAAGCCCCGUCCAGACUAUCCAACGUUAUUCAACCUUUGUUGACUCAACAGCAAGU